AAGUAAGAGCAAGGAUUUCCACCAAUUGGUAGGGAAACGCGGUGGAUUUUAUGGCUAGACUUUUAUGUUUUGAGUGCCUGGCUUGACUGCUGGAAACCAAAGAAAGAGACUGGAGUGCUGGAACAAUAGACAUCUUUAUAUUGACACUCCUAUACCACACAAGAGCUAAAUCCCUAUCCAUGGCUUCUAUCAUCUUUUUUCUUCUUCUCGCCUUAUCUUUUACAGCUUCAGCUCAAAGACAGACCAAUAUAACCCUAGGAUCUUCUCUAACACCUAUCACAAACUCCUCAUGGUUGUCGCCUUCCGGUCUUUAUGCUUUUGGAUUUUUCCGACAACGCAACGGCUAUUCUAUAGGGGUUUUUCUAUCCGGGAUUUCACUAAAGACUGUUGUGUGGGCUGCUAGAAGGGAUGAUGCCCCAGUCCCCAGUAAUGCGACCUUGCUCUUCACCAGUGAUGGCAGGCUUGUCCUGACAUCAGCACAAGGGGGUGAGACUUUGAUAGUUUCUGCUUCCCAGCCAGCUUCUUUAGCUUCUAUGUCUGAUUCAGGCAACUUUGUGCUAUAUAAUUCUGAUCGCGAGAUUAUAUGGCAGAGUUUUGACCACCCAACAGAUACCCUUUUGCCAACUCAACAGCUCAAAGCAAGGGCAGAGCUGUUUUCUCCUGUUUCACAAACUGACCUCUCAACUGGUAUUUACCGACUCAAGAUGCAAAAUGAUGGCAACCUUGUGCAGUAUCCUGUUAAUACUCCAGAUACAGCUCCAUAUUCUUAUUUUUCAUCUUUUACUGAUGGGAAGGGAGAUAAUGUGACCCUAAAUCUUGAUCCGGAUGGCCAUCUCUACCUGCUCAAUUCCACAGGUUUCAACAUAAAAAACAUUACAACUGGAGGAUAUCCCACGAAAGAAACAAUUAAUAUGAUGAAACUUGAUGCUGAUGGGAUUUUCAGAUUAUAUUCACAAAAUCUGACACGGAAUGGAAACAGGUCAGAUGUGUGGCCGUCCACAAGCGACAAGUGUGACCCGAAAGGAUCAUGCGGUCUUAAUGGAUAUUGUGUUAUGAAGGAUAAGGAAGCUGAAUGUACUUGUCUUCCUGGAUUUGAGUUUGUUAGCCAGGGAAAUUGGACUUCUGGCUGUGAGAGGGAUUUCGAUGCUGAAAGUUGCAAAGACAAGAAUGGAAGUAGCACAUACACCAUGGAAGAGCUGUCUAAUACUGAGUGGGAAGAUGCUUCAUACUCCGUUUUGUCAUCAACAACUAAAGACAAUUGUAAGCAAGCCUGUUUGGAAGACUGUAACUGUGAAGCAGCAUUAUUCACUGAUGGACAGUACUGCAGAAAGCAAAGGCUUCCUUUGAGAUUUGGGAGGAGAAAAUUGGGAAGUACGAACUUGGCUGUCGUCAAGGUGGGCAGACCCAUAUCCAUCAUGGACAGAAAAGACUCAAAAGAGCCUAUAACCGAGAAGAAGAACCUUGGCACGGGCAGGACAAUCCUAAUAAUAAGUUGUUCAUUUGUUGCUUUUGGGCUUGCUAUGGUCCCGAUUUGCGGAAUCAUCAUUUACAGAUAUCAUGUAUUGGCAUAUAAAAAGGUGCCCAGUAAUGAUAGUACAGGAUUGAAUGAGGAAUUUGCUCCUCGAGCUUUCACUUAUGCAGAGCUAGAAAAUGUUACUGGUGGUUUCAAGGAAGAAAUUGGCAGGGGAUCAUUUGGGACAGUAUAUAAAGGGAUAAUAUCAAGUAAUCAGAAGGUUGUUGCUGUCAAGAGACUGGAGAAAGUUCUAGCUGAAGGGGAAAGAGAAUUUCAGAAUGAGAUGAAAGUCAUUGGGAAAACACAUCACAGAAACCUAGUCCGUCUCCUCGGCUAUUGCCAUGAUGGACAUCACAGGCUCCUGGUAUACGAGUACAUGAGCAAUGGCUCCCUCGCUGACAUACUCUUCUCACUUGAAAAACGACCUUGCUUCCCUGAAAGGUUGGAAAUUGCUCGCAACAUUGCAAGGGGUAUUGUUUAUCUACAUGAAGAGUGCGAGACUCAGAUCAUCCACUGUGAUAUAAAACCUCAGAAUAUACUAAUAGAUGAAAGCAGGUGCCCCAAAGUUUCUGACUUUGGAUUGGCAAAGUUGCUGAAGUCAGACCAAACUAAAACCUUCACAGGAAUUAGAGGGACGAGGGGAUAUGUAGCACCAGAAUGGCACCGGAAUAUGCCGGUGACAGUUAAAGCAGAUGUUUAUAGCUUUGGAGUUAUGUUGUUGGAGAUAACAUGUUGUCGAAAGAAUGUGGAUUGGAGUCUUCCAGAGGAUGAAGCUGUUCUCGAACAAUGGGUUUACCAAUGUUUUCAGGACGGUGAUAUGGACAAACUCGUGGGUGAAGAAGUCGCCGAAAAGAAACAGUUAGAUAGGAUGGUUAAAGUGGGAAUUUGGUGCACUCUUGAUGAGCCAUCCCUCCGCCCUUCAAUGAAAAAGGUCCUCCUGAUGUUGGAGGGGACAGUCGAAAUCCCAAUCCCUCCAAGUCCUACUUCUUUUAUUACUGCUAUAUAAAGCUGCGUUUUGUGGUUCAGAAUAAGAGAUUCAUCUGCACAGUACUGUAUUUUAUUUUUCAGGUCAUGUAUUCCUUUUCUUUAUAAAAUUGCUAUAUGUUUACGCAGCA